AGCACCAUGGCCACUCUUGAUGGCGCUUCCGUCAUUACCUUUUCGUAUUUAUUCAGCUCACGCGCGUUCCAUAUUACAAACCACCCAUCAUCUUCAAUUAAAAAAUCGUCGCGCUCUCGCUAUGGUUGCUCAUGAUUGGCAGAGGGUCGAGAACCAUGCGAAUGUCCCUGCUUACACGAUUUUCACCAAACCAAUAGAGAAGUCUCAACUUGACGAGCGAGAAUACAGGUUGAUCAAGCUCGAAAAUGGCCUCUUAGCCAUGUUGAUUCAAGAUCCCAAGGCCGAUAUCGCUGCCGCAAGCUUAGACGUGGCGGUUGGUCACAUGUCGGACCCAGAUGACAUCCCCGGCCUUGCUCACUUUUGCGAGCACUUGUUAUUCAUGGGUACUGAACAAUUUCCGAAAGAAAACGAGUACUCCGAAUAUCUUUCAAAGAACAACGGCCAUUCCAAUGCCUAUACAGCACCAGCCAACACCAACUACUUUUUUCGUCGUUGGCGCGUUUUUCCGCGUUUUUUCCACUGCCCCCUCUUCGCGCCCUCAUGCACUACGCGGGAGAUGAAUGCAGUCGACUCAGAGCAUUCCAAGAAUCAUCAGACGGAUCCAUGGCGCGUUUUCCAGCUGAACAAACAUCUUACCAAGGAAGGUCAUCCGUGGAGCAAGUUCGGCAGUGGCAAUCGCGAGACGUUAAGUGCCGCUGGGAGAACAUUCAAGACGGCAAGUAAGCUAAACGGGAACGGAAUAAAGAAUGGAACACAUACCGCCGUCGAUGGGAAUGCACCAGCAUCACCAGUAUCAUCUGAUGGGAGUCUAGCGCCCUCACCGUUCCCUUCGCGCAUUCCAUCGCCAGUCCCAUCCAAUACGUCUGCGAAUAGCGAGAAUGAACCAGACGGCGGUAUCGUUGGACGUGAGACCCGCAGACGGUUAGUUGAGUGGUGGAAUAGAGAAUAUUGUGCAGGCAGAAUGCGUCUUUGUGUUGUUGGGAAUGAGCCGCUCGACGCGUUGGCUGACAUGGUCUCGACCUUGUUUACACCUAUCAAGAACCGAGAGCAAGAUCCAUUACCCGUAAUUCCUGACCAUCCAUUUGGCCCGAACGAAAUGGGAACCUUAGUUUCCGUUCAGACUGUCAAGGCCUUCCAUGCCAUUGAGAUCUCAUUUCCUCUAGUAUGGCAGUCGCCACUUUGGCGGCAUAAGCCUGCAUAUUUUAUUUCACACUUUACUGGUCACGAAGGUCCUGGUUCGCUUUUUUCGUACCUUAAAAACAAGGGGUGGGUCACAUCGCUCAACUCGGGUCCUCAAGCCCUCGCACGAGGCUUUGAGAUGUUCAAAUUCACCAUUCAUUUGACCAAGCUCGGUUUUGAGAACUAUCAAUUGGUGGCCCUUGCGACAUACAAAUACCUUUCCCUCUUGCGGUCCUCUGCAUUCCCAAAGUGGUACCAAUCGGAACUUGUCAAAAUUGCGCGCACGAAAUUCCAAUUUGCCACGAAGGAGAAUGCGGAGGGCUAUGCAGUUUCGCUUUCCGAGAGGCUGGGCAAGCCUAUUCCCCCUGAAUUAUUACUGCGCGGGGCGGUCAUCCCAUGUGAAUGGAAUUCUGAAGACGGAGAGCGAGAAGUUCGUGAAAUAUUAGAAGAUAUGCGUAUCACAAAGGGCAGGGUGGUGCUUAUGGCGAAGAAAGAGGAACUCGAGCGCAUUUCAAAGAAUGAACAUUGGGAGCACGAGAAGUGGUAUGGUACGGGGUACAGAGUAGAACGAUGGGACCCAUCGUUUGUUGAACAGGCUGAGGGAUCCAAUGAUAUCACGGAGCUGUACCUCCCGGGCCUGAAUGAAUUUAUACCCACCAACUUAGAAGUGGAGAAACGUGACGUCCUCGAGCCUGCUAAACGUCCUCACCUCAUCAAACAGACGCCAAUGGGGUCUGUGUGGCAUAAGAAAGAUGACCAAUUCUGGCUUCCAAAGGCGUCGCUCGUGCUAGAACUUCGUAGUCCAGUUGCAGGCUCGUCUCCGCGCGCCGACACUAUGACACGGCUUUUUGCUGACCUUGUAAAUGAUUCGCUACAAGAAUUUGCAUAUGACGCAGAACUCGCGGGACUUGUCUUCCACAGUGGCUCACACCACCUCGGGCUGAUGAUCACUCUAGAUGGGUACAACGAAAAGUUAUCUGUCCUUGCUCGCCGCGUUUUGGAGACUGUGAGAAAUCUACAAGUUCGCGAGGAUAGAUUAGUAGUCAUCAAAGAAAAGGUUAAGCGCGACUGGGAAAAUUUCUUCAUGGACCAGGGUUACCGGCUAUCGGACUAUUAUACACAAUACAUGCUCACCCAUAACACCUGGACUAUCGCAGAAAAGCUCCAGGAGAUCUCUAACGUCACGCAGGACGAGUUGCAGAGACACAUUGAUGACUUCUUAGUGCGCCUGAACAUUCAGAUGUUGGUAACCGGCAAUAUGCACAAAGACGAAGCCAUUGGUUUAUCAGAGAUGGCGGAGAACAUCUUAAAUACUUCUCCAAUGUCAGCGGACGAGACCGCUCAACGCGAGCUCAUCUUACCAGAAGGUUCUGAUUUUGUCUGGAAGUCGUAUAUACCCAACCCCAACGAUCCCAAUUCAUCUCUAACUUAUUAUCUUCAACUUGGAAGUUCUACCGAUGCUCGUUUACGUACGACCAGCUUGCUCCUCAUACACAUGAUGUCGGAGCCGGCUUUCGACAUUCUUCGAACAAAGGAGCAACUCGGUUAUGUUGUCUUUUGCUCAGAAUUGCAACUGUCUGGAGCAUCUCUUCUGGGGCUGCGAUUGGUGGUGCAAAGUCAACGGAACCCUGGAUACCUAGAGCAGAGAGUGGAAGCAUUCCUGGACACUAUGAAGAGUAAGAUCGAAGAUAUGGAACCUGUUGAUUUCGAACAGUUCAAAACUGGCCUACAACAAAAGUGGACUGAAGCCAUCAAGGACUUGAAGAAGGAGCGUGCGAAAUUUUGGGAACACAUCGAUUCAGGGUAUCUGGACUUCCUAAGACGUUACAAUGAUUCAGACCUGCUGACAGACAUUACCAAGCACGACGUCCUAGAACUCUUUCUCUCUCGCGUUCAUCCCUUGGGAGUUAAAAGGUCUAAACUUUCCGUCCAAUUACAGUCCCGGAAGCCGCAGCCACCGCGAAUCAGCGCCACCGCCGCCAAGGCCUUCGAAGCUUUUGUCAGAGCUGAAACCACACUCGUCGAUCCUGCGGGGUGGAAAGAGGAAAUGGCUGAUGAGAAUCCUUUUGCGACGCAGUUUGCAAAAUACUGGCAAGACGCACUCAACGGGUUCGACAAUUAUCAGGAAUUGAUGACGAAGAUCCCUGUUGAUGAAGAAGUACCUCACGUUCGGACCGCAGGGGUGACUUUCGUUGAAAACGUUAAAGACUUCAAAUCAACCCUUGAAGUUACAGAGCUUCCGCAACCCUUGGUGGAAUGGGGAGACCUGCCCCUCGCCAAGCUUUAGGUGUUAUUGAUGCUACUCUUUUACUUUGUUGUCAUGUACUAAUAUGUAUCUACUGUUUCACGUGAUGAUUCUGACACUGCGGGAGAUUUCUCAGAUGUGAAUGUCGCGCUUUUUGGGGGUAUGUUUGGCACGGAUUCUACCUGUUCUGCGACCUUAUGUUAACCUUCCCAGGCUUCCUGGAGUCAGGGCGUAAGACUACUGCGUGGACGGUGGAUCAACACAAUCACCCAUUCGCCCAAAGACUU